AUGGAAAUCCUCCCGAAAUACGGACUACUCUACUCAGAUGAAUCUUUUGAAAUGGUUCUUUGCAAACCUAAAAUCUUGCCAUUGAAAUCAGUGACAUUAGAGAAACUGGAAAAUAUGCAAAAGCAAGCCCAGGAAGCCUUAAAAAUGCAAGAGCAGCAACAAGAUACAGCGGACUGA